GUCGGAGAAGCGGUUCUGGCUGUGGUACGUGGGCUGGUCCUGUCUGGACCGGCGGACGACGCUGCCCAUGCUGCCCUGGCUGGUGUCCGACAUCCGCCGGCGCAGCCAGAGGCCCGAGGCCGGGGCCCGGCGGGUCCUGCUGCUGCUGGCCGCCCCAAACCUGCGCUGCGUCCCCGCGGAGCCCCGCGGAGGAGGAGGGGACCCCCCGCCCCACGGGCCCGCCGUCUUCAUCUUCGACCACAAGGCCCAGCACAUCGCCCGCUUCAUCCACAACAGCCACGACCUCACCUACUUCGCCUACCUCAUCAAAGCCCAGCCGGACAACCCCGACUCUCCGAUGGCCUGCCACGUCUUCAGGGCCACCGACCCCAGCCAGGUUCCCGAUGUCAUUAGCAGUAUAAGGCAGGCCUCUAAAGCUGCCCUGAAAGAGGACGCCAAGCCCAGUAGAGACAGCGAAGAUGCCUUUUAUAACUCGCAGAAAUUUGAGGUCUUAUAUUGUGGCAAGGUGACUGUGGCCCACAAGAAGGCCCCGUCCACCCUGAUAGACGACUGCAUCGAGAAGUUCAGUCAGCAUGAACGCCAGCGCUUGAAGGUCCUGGAUGAGCAGCGCAGCACGGAUUCCAGCCACGACCUCGCCCUCUCGGAAGGGGACGCGCCCGUCUCACCAGCGGAUAGUCCAUUCGAGGAACUGGAUGGCAUCAUCUUUGCCACUUCCGCUUCCGCGGGCCCCUCAGCAGGGGCCAACCAGACCAACCUGGCUGGCUCUCGGUCCUGCUUCCCCGAGCGCAUUUUGGAAGACUCGGGUUCCGAUGAACAGCAGGAGUAUCGGACCCGCUGUAGCAGUGUCACCGCCGUUGUGCCGAGGAAGGUCCAUGAAUCCAACUCCAAAACACACCCGCGCAGAAGACACGCUAGUGCUCCUAGUCACGUGCAGCCUUCGGACUCCGAAAAGAACCGGACGAUGCUGUUUCAGGUUGGGCGUUUUGAAAUUAACUUAAUCAGCCCAGAUUCUAAGUCGGUUGUGCUUGAAAAGAAUUUUAAAGAUAUCUCCUCUUGUUCUCAGGGUAUUAAGCAGGUUGAUCACUUUGGAUUUAUAUGCCGAGAGUCUCUUGAGCAAGGACUGAGUCAGUAUGUUUGUUAUGUGUUCCAGUGUGCAAGCGAAUCCUUGGUGGAUGAGGUAAUGCUUACCCUGAAGCAAGCCUUCAGUACCGCGGCUGCUCUGCAAAGUGCGAAAACCCAGGUUAAACUGUGUGAGGCUUGCCCCAUGCACUCCCUGCACAAACUCUGUGAACGGAUUGAAGGUCUUUACCCACCUAGAGCAAAGUUGGUGAUCCAGAGGCACCUGUCAUCCCUGACGGAUAAUGAGCAAGCAGACAUUUUUGAACGAGUUCAGAAAAUGAAGCCAGUCACUGAUCAAGAGGAAAAUGAACUAGUGAUCUUGCACCUGAGGCAGUUAUGUGAAGCCAAACAAAAGACCCAUGUCCACAUUGGAGAAGCCCCAUCAAAUACAUCUAGUAAUACAAUUCCUGAAAAUUCAACAAGCAGUGGCAGAUUCAAACUUGACAUCCUGAAAAACAAAGCUAAGAGAUCUUUGACUAGCUCUCUGGAAAAUAUCUUCUCUAGGGGAGCAAGCAGAAUGAGAGGUCGACUUGGAAGCAUUGACAGCUUUGAACGCUCUAACAGUCUUGCUUCAGAGAAGGACGGUUCGCCAGCAGACUCCCCUCCAGGAACUCCGCCAGCUUCCCCGCUCUCCUCAGCUUGGCAGUCAUUUCCCGAAGAGGAAUCAGAUUCUCCCCAGUUCCGGAGACGGGCACACACUUUCAGCCACCCACCGUCUAAUGCCAAGAGGAAGAACACUGCGCAGGAUGGGCGGGUUUAUGGUGUGCGCUCUCCUCUUCUGAGACAGAACUCUGUUGAACAAUACAGUGAUGGGGAGGGCAGAAAGAGAACUUCGUCUGUCUGCAGCAAUGAAUCCAUAAAUGCCGGAGGGAUCACUGUCACCCCUCGUCGCAUCUCCUGGCGCCAGCGCAUUUUCCUUCGGGUGGCCUCGCCCAUGAACAAGUCUCCCUCAACGAUGCAGCAGCAAGAUGGACUUGACAGGAACGAGCUCUUGCCUUUGUCUCCUCUUGCUCCAACGAUGGAAGAGGAUCCUCUCGCUUUAUUCCUCCCUGAUGAGGAUGUCCCUGAGAAGGCUGGCGGAAAACAACAUUCUGAAGAGCUUAGGAGUUUAUGGAGAAAAGCUAUCCACCAGCAAAUCCUCUUGCUUCGAAUGGAGAAAGAAAAUCAGAAGUUGGAAGAAGCAAGUAGAGAUGAACUACAAUCCAGAAAAAUUAAAUUGGACUACGAUGAAGUUGGUGUGUGUCAAAAAGAUGUUCUAAUAUCCUGGGAUAAGAAGUUAUUGAACUCCAGAGCUAAAAUCCGAUCUGACCUGGAAGAUAUUCAUACUACCCUAAAAGAAGGGGUUCCCAAAACCCGACGAGGAGAAAUUUGGCAGUUUCUAGCUUUACAGUAUCGUCUGAGACAUCGGUUGCCAAGUAAACAGCAACCACCAGAUGUUUCCUACAAAGAGCUUUUGAAGCAGCUCACCGCUCAACAACAUGCCAUCCUUGUAGAUCUAGGAAGAACAUUUCCAACACAUCCUUACUUUUCUGUGCAGCUGGGAGCAGGACAGCUGUCUCUCUUUAACCUCCUCAAAGCCUACUCUCUGCUGGACAAAGAAGUAGGUUAUUGCCAGGGAAUCAGUUUCGUGGCAGGAGUACUCCUUCUGCACAUGAGUGAAGAGCAAGCCUUUGAAAUGCUGAAAUUCCUCAUGUAUGACCUCGGCUUCCGUAAACAAUACAGACCCGACAUGAUGUCACUACAGAUUCAGAUGUAUCAGCUGUCAAGACUUCUCCAUGACUAUCACCGGGAUCUCUACAAUUACCUGGAAGAAAAUGAAAUCAGUCCCAGUCUUUAUGCUGCCCCUUGGUUCCUCACACUGUUUGCUUCUCAGUUUCCACUAGGAUUUGUAGCCAGAGUUUUCGACAUUAUUUUUCUACAAGGAACUGAUGUCAUAUUUAAGGUGGCACUCAGCCUGCUAAGCAGUCACGAAGCGCUUAUCAUGGAAUGUGAAAACUUUGAAAGCAUAGUAGAUUUCCUCAAAAGCACUCUACCUGAUAUGAAUACAUCUGAAAUGGAAAAAAUUGUUACCCAGGUUUUUGAGAUGGAGAUCUCAAAACAGCUUCAUGCCUACGAAGUGGAGUACCACGUACUUCAGGACGAGCUCCAGGAGUCUCCAAACUCUUAUGAUGACAGGGAACCUCUUGAGAAAUUGGAGAGGGCCAAUAGUCAGCUGAAGAGGCAAAACAUGGAUCUGUUAGAAAAACUACAGGCGGCUCACGCUAAAAUCCAGAGCUUGGAGUCCAACCUUGAGACUCUCUUGACUAGAGAGAAUAAAAUGAAGACCUUAAUUCGGUCCCUGGAGCAGGAGAAAGUGACCUAUCAAAAGAUGGUGGAGCAAAUCAGGAAGCACGUGCCAGUGGACGCGCUAGCCGGCUGUGAACUGCUGCUGAGAGAAGUAAACUCGAAUCCAAACAGUAAAACAAAGACAGGAAACAAGCCAUAAUUUAAGAAGCGGCACCUCAGCAAGCAAGGUGUCAGCUACUAGGAGAAGGGAUAGCGUGGAAGCCGCUGAACAGACUUAAGGAAACUGAGCUAAGGGCACUGUGGAAAGCUGGGGUUACUCCCUGUGUUGUCAACUGUUCCAGGAUGCAAAUCUCAAGCUCUUGAAAACAGACUGGCUGUGAAUCUGUGUCACAAAGGGAAAUCCAGCAUAAAAAUCAAUAUUUAGAGUGAUUUUUUCAAGUCAAAACUUUGCUGAGUCGUUAUGGAGGGAAGGCAAGGUGAAACAUGAAUGGUCCUUUUGUCUUUGUAGUGAAACGAGGAUAUCAUGUCUUUAUAUUUUGAAAACUACUUGAAAAUAUGAAAUGAAUGUACUUUUUUCUCCAAAGAACAGCACGUUUCACAAUUUUUGUGGAAAAAGUCUGUGUAAGUUUGCGUGUGUCUAUCAUCGAUUCUACUGACAUUAUGUAUACAUAAUGAAAGUGACUGUGGCUGACAGUCACUCUGAUGUGGCUUAUAAAUAGGGAUUGUGUUAGACUUCA